GCCAAUUUGCUCUCUUGUCUCUUUCUUUCUGCUCCGAGCAGGAUAAAAUUCGGAGUACUUCACGCAAGGAACGGCGUGGCAACGUAAGAGCUAGCACUUGCAACAGCAACACACACACGCCAUAGACUGACUGAAAGCAGACAGAGAAUAAGUUGGCAGGCGUUCACCGGCUUCGCAGCAGCACACAUUAGUGACGAUGAGUCUCUCCUCGCAGCCGUCGUCGAAGAAGGCCAAGACGGAGGCCACGACACCCAUCCCUGGCGCCUCCACACCGUGGGUGGAGAAGUACCGCCCUCGCACGCUGGACGAAGUGGAGGCGCAGGAUGAGGCCGUGAGUGCCCUUCGUGCGUGCCUCAAGGAGGGAGCCAAUAUGCCGCACUUUCUCUUCCACGGCCCUCCCGGCACCGGCAAGACGACAUCGAUUCUUGCCGUGGCCCAUGAGUUGUUUGGGCCCGACUACAUCCGCAGCCGCGUACGGGAGCUCAACGCCUCGGAUGACCGCGGCAUCAACGUCGUUCGCGAAAAAAUCAAAGUGUUUGCCCAAGGCGCCGUCUCCAGCAGUGGCAGUGGCGUGACGCAAUCGGAUGGCAAGGUAUACCCGGUGCCGAGCUUCAAGCUCAUUAUACUCGAUGAGGCGGACGCGCUGCUGCCGGAUGCGCAGGGUGCCCUGCGCCGCAUGAUGGAGGACUUCAGCGACGUAACGCGGUUCUGCAUUCUGUGCAACUACGUCAGUCGCAUCAUCGACCCAAUCGCGAGCCGAUGCGCGAAGUACCGCUUUAAGCCGUUGGUGAAGAGUGCGCUAUACCACCGUAUUCAGUUCGUGGCACAGUGCGAGGGCAUUCAGCUAUCGGAGGCGUCCCUGCAGGCGCUGGACGGCGUGAGCGGCGGUGACCUGCGCCUCGCCAUUAUGCAUCUGCAGUCAGCGCACAAGGCCAGCGGGAACGAUCUGACAAAGGAAGACUUUGUUUCCGUCUCGGGAAGUGUACCGGCGGAUGUGAUGCAGACGUACCUCAAGGCGCUGCUCUCCCAGCGCUUGGAGCAGGUAAUUCAGGUGACCCGGCAGCUCGUGGCACAGGGCUACGCGGCCGCACAGGUGCUGCAGCAGCUUCAGCGCUUCCUCGUGAGUCCGGAGUGCCCGCUGAACUCGGCACAGCGCGGACGUAUGAUGAUCAAGAUGUGCGAGACAGAACGCCGUUUGGCAGAUGGUGGGGACGACUACCUCCAACUGCUGGACAUUGGUAGCUCCGUGUGCGCCGCAUAG